AUGUCGACUCCCUUUGGUUUGUGGCUUCAGAUCUUCUUUGAUUUCCUCAAGCAAAUUCAGAAUAAUGUGAACGGACGACAUCCGACGUGUAACUUCCUGUUGGAGCUGAAGAGAGACCAGGCGGAGUGUCUGCACAGACUGAGAGAGCAGAACGUCACGCACCGCCCGAAAGGGACCGGAUGCAAAGGAUCAUGGGACAACAUCGCAUGUUGGGAGCGGGCCGACGUCGGCGAGACCGUCACCAUCCCGUGUCCCCGCGUGCUGCGGACCUUGUUCGGGAGAAACGGGAACAUUAGCAGGAACUGCACGGCACACGGAUGGUCCGACGUCUUUCCAAACAUCACCAGCGUGUGUGGGUCGGAGCCCAUCCAGGAAAAGUUGAUCUUCUACAUGGUGGUGCAGACUCUCUACACCCUGGGCCACAGCCUGUCUUUGAUCGCCCUCAUCACCGGGAGCGCCAUCCUCUGCCUGUUCCGAAAGCUCCACUGCACAAGGAACUACAUCCACCUCAACCUGUUCUUGUCCUUCAUCCUGCGGGCGGUGGCCGUCCUGGUUAAAGAUGACAUCCUGUUUUCUCGGAACACGCAGUGCUCCAACCAGCCCUCCCUGAUUGGUUGCAAGACCAGCCUGGUGUUUUUCCACUACUUCAUCAUGGCCAACUUCUUCUGGUUGCUGGUAGAGGGCCUCUAUCUUCACACCCUCCUCAUCGUCAUCUUCUCAGAGAACAGACACUUCAUCGUCUACCUGCUCAUCGGCUGGGGAAUCCCCACCGCCUUCGUCUUCAUGUGGGUGAUGAUGAGGAUUUAUCUGGAAGACACGGGGUGUUGGGAGAGAAACGACAACGCCAUACCCAACUGGGUUAUCAACGGACCCAUAGGACUGUCCAUCAUGGUCAACUUCAUCCUGUUCAUCAGCAUAAUCCGGAUCUUGGUGCAGAAGCUGCGGUGUCCUGACGUGGGUGGAAACGACCAAUCACAGUACAGGCGGCUGGCCAAGUCCACCCUCCUGCUGAUCCCUCUGUUUGGGAUCCACUAUGUGGUGUUUGUGGCGUUCAGUGAAUCCAUAGCAGAAGAUUACAAGAUCUUCUUUGACCUGGCCAUCGGAUCCUUUCAGGGCCUGGUGGUGGCCAUCCUGUACUGCUUUCUGAACAGCGAGGUUCAAGGCGAGCUGAAGAGGAAAUGGCGGAGCGUAUAUCUCAACUGCCGCUUGAGUCGGGGUCAGCAGCUCAGCGGCACCUACGCGUCCAGGAACGGCUCGGAAAACACGGUGCAGUUUCACCGAAACUCCCGCACCCAGUCCAUCCUGCAGUCGGAGACCAUGGUCCUCUGAAGACCCAGGAGGUCGUUAGAAAAACCGCCACAAUCAGAUGUUCCUGCGCUGGUCCUCGCAGGGGGCCACGCGGCAUCGCAAUCGAAUAGCGUUGUGUGAUCAUUCCGUGUGUUUGU